AUGAGGGUCCUUGAGGUGGGGGUUCCGGGGCGGCGGAGGGCGCCCCCUGCCUGCGCUGGUUGGCGCCGGGGCCGCUGCGGCUCGUCGAGGGGCACUUCGGGCCGGGGGGGGGCGGCGGGAGCCGGGACCGGCUGCGCCCCCCCCCCGGGGCUGCCCCCGCCGCGGGAGCGCCUCGUGCUGCGCGACACGAGCCUGCGCUGGCAGCUCUUCGGGGGGCGGGACUUCGGCGCAGGCCACGCCCCCGCCGCCGCGCGGCCGCGCCGCGGAGGCCACGCCCCCUCUGGCCACACCCACUGGCGCAGCCGGGGGGGCCCCGGGCGCAGGCAGGACCUGCUGAUGGAGCUGCACCUCGGCAAGGUCAGCGUCCAGCACGAGACCUACGAUGAGGAGGCGGCCGAGGGGCAGCCGUGGGGCGGCCGAGGGGCAGGCGAGGGGCCGGGGCAGCGGCCGGGGGGCAGCCGGGGGGCAGCCGUGGGGCCGGGCGAGCGCCCCACUGCCCGCCUGGUGCUGCUGGUGCAGGAGCUGGAGCUGCGGGACCGCCUGGGGGGGGAUGGGGCCCCCCCGUUCCUGAGCCGCCACCCCCGGGGGGGGCCCCCCCCGCAGCCCCCCACACUGUGGGUCAAGGCCCUGCGGGUGCUCCCCCACCCGCCCCCCCCCGGGGGGGUCCCCGAGUGCUGCCUGCGAGUGGCCCUGGCACCGCUGCGCCUGCACAUAGACCAGGACGCCCUCCUCUUCCUCAGGGAUUACAUCAGCAGCUUCAUCGCACACAUGGACCCCCCCGCGCCCCCCCCGGACCCCCCCCACGGUUCUGGGGCCCCCCCGGGGCUGGAGCCGCUGGAGGAGGAAGAGCCUGAAACAGAGAGUCCUGUUUACUUCCGCGAGUUCCGCUUCACUGCCGAGGUCCCGCUCUGGCUGGAUUACCACGGGAAGCGCGUCACCAUGGAGCAGGGCGCGCUGGCCGGGAUCCUCAUCGGCCUGGCCCAGCUCAACUGCUGCCACCUGCGGCUGCGACGGCUCUGCCACCGCCACGGGCUGUUGGGCCUCAGCCGGGUCCUGUCCUUCGCGGUGUCCGAGUGGCUCCGGGACAUCCGGUGUCACCAGCUGCCGGGGCUGCUGGGGGGGGUGGCCCCGGUGCACGCGGUGCUGCGCCUCUGGCGGGCGCUGCGGGACCUGCUGCUGCUGCCACUGCUGGGGACCCCCGCCGGGGGGGUGACGCGGGGGGUGACGCGGGGGGUCACAGCCCUGGGGGCUGCCUCUGCCUCCGCCGCCAUCAGCCUCUGCUCCCGCCUGCUGCGGGCGCUGCAGGCGCUGGCUGAGGCCCUGUAUGAGCUCGUGGCCCCCCCCGGCCCCCCCCGGGCCCUGGAGGCCCCCCCAGAGCCCUCAGGCGACCACCAGCAGCCCCUCCCCUGCCGCCGCGCGCGGCCCCGCCCCCAAUAA